AUGAAGGAGGUGCAGAAGGCCGAAGGUUUAAUUGAAUUGCGGGCAACAUCUAAUCAAUCCGUCCGCGUACCACCGGGCCCACGUCCAUUGCCUUUCGUCGGUAACCGCUAUGAAAUCUAUCCAGACGUUCUUGGAAACUACGAUCGACUGUUCUCACGAUAUGGUCCGAUGUUCAAAACUGUUAACAUGGGAACAACAAUCUACCACAACAACGACCCGGUAAUCUCACGCCAUAUCCUACGCGAGGACCAUCUCUUCACCAAGACAACGUCCGACCCUUCGCAUCCACUCCACUAUAUGAGCGAGCAAUAUAGUCUCUUUACCUGUGACACGGCGUCCCCAGCUUUCAUACCGAGUCACAAAUUCGUCCCCCCUACACUAUCACCGCGGGCUGUCGCUCACUAUAUGCCACUCAUCCAGGACGCAAUCGAAGACUCUUUCUCCGUCUUUGAUCAACUUGCGUCCUCCGACCGUGCCAUAAACGUCUAUCAGUACAUGUUCAAGCUCGCUUCAUCGCUCAUCUGGCGCGUCGUGUUCAAUCAGGACCUCAAACACUUCGAAUCUCCCUCAACUCCUCCCUCGGCACCUAUCCGCUACUUCGACGGAUAUCUCUCGUUGUCCAAGAAGUCUUCGAUGCAGCCAACAUGGCUCAAGUACCUUCCCUUUGGCUAUCACGCGAAGCUUAAGGUCGUGCGACAGCAGCUUUUCGAUGCGUGCGAAGAAGCCAUGCUCGCCAAUAUCGACAAAGAUGGGCCCACUAUUCCCCUUGCCGACACACAGGCGUUGUUGAGCGCGAAGUGUCUGUCAGACUUUCUUUACCGCGCCGUCGACGAGUCCGGAGAACGCCUUCCCUACAAUUUGGUAGUCAGCAACCUGGUAGUUACAGCAGGGGCAGGCUUCGCCACAACUUCAUCGCUGCUCUCGUGGGCGCUGUAUGCGCUUGUGCGGUACCCAGGAAAUCAAGAUCGUCUCUACAAAGAGAUAGCCCAAGAUAUCCAGAGCAACCCACAACCAUCGGACAAGAAGGAAAACAAACGGUGGACGUAUGAUGAGAUCCACGGGCUGAAAUUCCUAGAUGCUUUCCUGAAGGAAGUCCUUCGCCUACACUCCCCUAACUACCAAACCGCGCGGAACGCAAAGGAGGAUGUUGUUCUUCCAGGCGGCUACCUGAUUCCGAAAGGUUCAGUUGUCAUGACCUCUUUUCCGAGCAUCCACAAGAACCCCAAGCACUGGGACAAUCCUUUACGGUUUGAUCCAGACAGGUGGCUAAGGGAUGAGGAACUUGCGUCGAGGAUGGCAAAAGAGGGGGGUUACACGCCGUUCGGGGCUGGAGCGCGGGGGUGCGUGGGCUUCAAUCUGGCACUCGCUCAGGCGAAAUUGGCGAUCGUAGAGUUAGUGCAUAGGUAUACGUUUGAGGAUGAGAGCACUGAGGCUGUGGUGUACGAUCCGGACCGGUUGGUGGUUAGGCCAAUGAACCUCUAUGCAGGGUUGACCAAAAGGGGUGAGUGAUUGGGUGACUAGGGUACUGUUCCUCUCUGUCUGGUGGUUCUGGGUUGUCACACUCCCCAAUGCACUUGCAUGCUUUGACAUUGAGAGAUAGACGAUAAGGUCGGACGAGACAGAAUCUGAGUUUGUAUGCCUGUACGUUUGUAUGCCUGUACGUACCCUCGAGAUUGUUAAGUCUAUUGUUUGAUCAUCGCAUUUCCAUGCGGCACAAACACUUAGUAUUAAAAAAUUACACAAUAAAUCUGCUUUUAAGCUAAAGGCAGGACACAUGUUUUAUAGUUAUUACAAAACUAAUAAGUUAUUAUUCUGAAUAGCUAAGCGCGAAUUAGGUCUGGGGACCUCAACACUACAACUUAACAAUCUAAAGUGAUUUCUUAAUUGAUGAUGAAGACAUUAAGAACAGUGUUAUAUAAUACAGCAGCCAAGUCAAAGGAAGAAUAUAGAGUGUCUCUUUAGAUUGCUCCCUGGCCUGGUGCCGAAAGCAAACACCUUUUGUGAAACUUUUUGUCCCUGCCUACUUUUUGUUACCUUUUUUAUUAGCCUUUUGAAGUGUAGGAAACACUGUAACUUCCAAUAAAAAAAACAUAGAGUGUCUCUAGUACCAGGUGGUCUGAUGGUCACCCGUGGCAUUUUGACAUUAAUUAAUAUGAUCUUGAUCCUUAUGGUUUUCAACUGCUGGACCAUAUAUUUACCUUCAUCCUGGAUUGAU